UGGGCAAGCGUGUUCUGUGGUCGCCAAACACUCUUAGCUACUAGUAACUUUUCUACAAAAGAUAACAAUCCUUACAACUUCACAUUGGCCGUGCGACCACUAAUUCGGAAUUCAAGUUCAAUUAACAUUUCAUUCCGUUUCAGUUAGUUUCAUUUGAAGCAUGCAACAAACUGGCCACGUCUACUCGCAUAUAAUACGCGGUUCAACGCGUCCACCGUACCAACCACAAUAUCAGCGACCACCACCUCCGCAACCGCGUCGAGUUUUCGUACAAGAUUUUCAGGUUGAUGCAACGGCACCAGCUUUCGAUUCGAGUGCAUACAAGUCAAACAUUGCGAAGAGUCUCUUCCCUGGCUCUGUACCUCGGUGCUCGUCGAAGAUGCUUCAUUGGUCGUUGAUAGUCAGUUUCAUUGGAUUGUUAACAGCUGCUUUGGGCGCCUACUGCGGUUGGUUCCUGUUUCCCAGCAUGGUGGAUAAAAAGGUCGAAGAGAAUGUAAUUAUUGCUGAUGGCUCGGAGCAGUAUAAGCGAUUCGUACAACUCCCACAGCCAUUGAUCUUUAAAGUGUACAUCUUCAAUGUGACCAAUGCGCAGAAGGUACAACAAGGCGCCAUACCAAUUGUACAGGAAGUAGGACCCUAUGUAUACCGGCAAUAUCGACGGAAAAAAGUGAAACACUUUUCACGCGAUGGCUCUAAAAUCAGCUAUGUACAGGACCAGCAUUUCGAGUUUGAUGAGGAGGCAUCAGCACCAUACACCCAAUCCGAUCAUAUUGUGGUACUCAAUAUGCAUAUGAAUGCAUUUUUACAAGUAUUCGAAAGGGAAAUUACUGAUAUCUUUCAGGGUUUUGCGAAUAGAUUAAAUCACAGGCUCAACCAUACGCCAGGCGUUCGUAUAUUGAAACGUCUGAUGGAGCGCAUACGUGGGAAACGUAAAUCGGUGCUGCAGAUUUCGGAAAACGAUCCGGGCUUAUCGCUGCUGCUGGUCCACUUGAAUGCGAAUCUGAAGGCUGUCUUCAAUGAUCCGAAGUCAAUGUUUCUCGAUACAACAGUGCGCGAAUUCCUCUUUGACGGCGUGCGCUUCUGCAUCAAUCCGAAUGGCAUUGCCAAGGCCAUCUGCAACCAGAUCAAAGAAGGCGGCUCGAAGACAAUACGCGAAAUGAGUGAUGGCAGUUUGGCGUUUUCGUUCUUCAAUCACAAAAACGGCACAGGCAAAGAGGUGUACGAGGUGCACACCGGUAAGGGUGAUGCCCGGCGCGUCUUGGAAAUACAAAAAUUGGACGAUUCACAUAAUUUGCAGGUGUGGCUAAAUGGUUCGGAGGGCGAGACUUCAAUGUGCAAUCAAAUAAAUGGCACUGACGCUUCGUCGUAUCCGCCAUUCCGCAAACGCGGUGAUUCAAUGUACAUCUUCAGCGCGGAUAUCUGUCGUUCGGUGGAAUUGUUCUAUCAGAGCGACAUACAAUAUCAGGGCAUACCGGGUUUUCGCUACUCAAUCGGUGAGAAUUUCAUCAACGACAUUGGUCCGGAGCACGACAACGAAUGCUUUUGCGUGGACAAGCUGGCGAAUGUGAUAAAACGAAAGAAUGGUUGCCUAUACGCAGGCGCUUUGGAUCUAACAACGUGCCUUGAUGCACCUGUAAUAUUAACAUUGCCGCAUAUGUUGGGUGCCUCAAACGAAUACACAAGGAUGAUACGUGGUCUGCGACCGGACGCGAAGAAGCAUCAAACCUUUGUAGAUGUACAACAUCUCACUGGUACCCCGCUGCAGGGUGGCAAACGCGUUCAAUUCAAUNACACCAUAAAAUCGGAGGAGCUCAGGCCAAUAAACACCCUUCCCAACUUAGAAAAAAUACUGGAAACGGUUGUAAAAAAUCAACUAUUAAACUAUAUUGAGUCAAAUAAAAUACUCAUUAAGGAGCAGUCAGGUUUCAGGGCUAACCACUCAUGCGAAACAGCUCUAAACUUGAUCCUAUCACAACAAUGGAAGGAGGACCUGAACUCCAAGAAAACUAUCUUGGCGAUGUUUUUUGGACCUUAA